AUGGAACUUCAAGGAAUGUGGAAAAAGCUGGCAGAAACACCAAAAUCACUUGGUGAGUGGCAAAGAUGUGCAUUUCCCGCGCAAAAAUUGAUGAAGAAGCUCAAAACGCGGAACAACAUGGGCAAAAAGUAUGCCCAACCGAUACAGAAAGUCUUGCCCCAUACCAAGUCUAAGGUUAAAAUAUAUCGCCGACAUUCACGAGAUCUUGUCGAAAGCCUUCUGACUGAUCCACGAUGGGAGGAUGAGGAUUGGCUGUUCUUCGAUAACAAGAACGGUGAACCAGAUCCUUUUGCACCACCCCACAACGAUUUGAAGCAAAUUGGGAAUCUCAAUACAGGAUUAGCAUAUCGUGAGACGUACAAGAAGCUGAUCACCAAAACUGACAAGCAAAUUUUGGUGCGCUUACCUCUUUACAUUGAUGGGGCUGUAACAGGGGAGUUUGACAAGCUCCAAGAUACCGCAUUGAAAAUAUCACUGGGCAUCCUGGCCUGCAGUUUGGCA